GUUUCGAUGGAAUGCCCCGAAAUGAACUCCAUCGUCAGAGGAUCAAAGGCGGACGAACAAGAGCGUUUUUGUAGUGAAGCGAGCUUCAUCUACAUCUUCAUCGUCAGUCGACUGGUGAAAACUUUAUUUUCAUACUGUUUGCUUGCUCUGCCAUUGGAUUGUACUGAUUUUCGUUCAUAUUGUGAUUGUGACUGCUCUUCUUCUAUUGCUGAGUUGGACGGAUCGUGGGUUGUGGCUUUAACGCGAACAUAAUGCAAUGUGUAGUUUGGGUUACCAGAAAAUGAGAAGUCUUCCGGGUGUGGAUUCGAUCUAAGGCAAUUGAGAUUGAUAGAAGCGGUGGAUUGCCACUGGUAAUAGCAGCCCAGUAGGAUGGUGUGAUGUGAUUUUUAUCAAGUGAUUCGUGCCGGUGGAACUUUUCUUGUUAGAGUAUCAUUUAGUCGGGACGAAUGGAACUGAUGAAGGCGUGAGGUGAAUUUUGUCUAGAGAGUCGAGCUGGUGGAGUUGUUUUGUGUAAGAGCCAUUUAGUUGGGAUGAAUCAAACUGUUGAAUCGUUCCGGAAGGUGUUAGGUUAGGUGAACCACCAUUAUUUGUUCAUAUAGUUUAAACAUCACUGCUGCAGGACUGAAUUCCAAGGCUGCUCUCCGAUGUGCAGUUCAGACUGAUUUAACUGAUUGGCUUAGGUGGAUUGUGAAUUCUCAGUUUGGCUGAUAACAUGCCUAGAAUCAACACUAGGUUUUCUUUAAGAUGGAAAGUGUGGGGAAGAAUGUACAGUUCAAGUGAAUCAGUUAGAGACAUUUCAGAAUCAUUGAGAAAGAUAAGUAAAAUUAUGAUGUCCACACCGGCAUUGGCCCUUGAUACUGCCCUUGACCAAAGUGGCAUCAGGGUGUCCCCGGAUAUGGUGGAGGAUGUCCUUAAGAGAUUUGAAAAUGCAGGUAUGUUGGCUUAUAGAUUCUUUGAAUGGGCUGGGAAGCAAAGAAAUUACUCGCACAGUGUUAGGGCUUACCAUAUCAUAAUUGAGUCUCUGGCCAAGAUCAGGCAGUAUCAAAUCGUGUGGGAUAUUGUGAAUGCAAUGAGGAGCAAGAGCAUGUUAAAUGUCGAGACGUUUUGCAUCAUCAUGCGAAAAUAUGCUAGGGCCCAGAAGGUGGAUGAGGCGGUAUAUACAUUUAAUGUCAUGGGAAAGUAUGACAUGCCCCCAAAUCUACCCGCAUUCAAUGGCCUCCUAAGUGCUUUGUGUAAGGCCAAGAAUGUGAGGAAGGCUCAAGAGAUCUUUGAUAGUAUGAAACAGCAAUAUGGUCCAGACUCAAAGACGUACAGUAUAUUGCUAGAAGGAUGGGGGAAGGCUCCAAAUCUGCCCAAGGCAAGAGAGACCUUCCGUGAAAUGGUUAGCGCAGGUUGCGACCCUGAUAUAGUGACAUACGGAAUUAUGGUCGACAUACUUUGCAAGGCCGGGAGAGUUGAUGAGGCUGUUGGAAUUGUCAAGGAAAUGGAUUCCACUGCCUGUCGGCCAACAUCUUUCAUUUAUAGUGUUCUUGUACAUACCUACGGGAUAGAAAAUCGGAUUGAAGAUGCUGUCCAGACAUUCCUAGACAUGGAGAGGAAUGGAAUUGAGGCUGACGUGGUAGCAUACAAUUCCCUGAUUAGCGCGUUUUGCAAAGUUAACAAAUUUAAAAAUGUGAAAAGGGUCUUGAGUGAGAUGGAGAGCAGGCGAGUUAAUCCCAACUCAAGGACCUGCAAUAUUAUUUUAACAAAUUUGAUUACUAGUGGGGAAACCGAUGAAGCUUACAGCUUCUUCCGGAGACUGAUCAAGGUCUGUGAGCCUGAUGCAGACACAUAUACAAUGAUGAUAAAGAUGUUCUGCCAGAGGGAUGAGCUGGAGAUGGCUCUUAAGGUGUGGAAGUAUAUGAACUCAAAGCGAUUCAUUCCAAGCAUGCACACUUACUCAGUGCUGAUAAAUGGCUUAUGCGAGAAGGGUAAUUCACCAAUGGCUUGUGUCUUACUGGAAGAGAUGAUGGAGAAAGGGAUCCGCCCAUCACGUAUGACUUUUGGGAGGGUAAGGCAAUUGCUCAUGAAGGAAGGAAGAGAGGAUGUGGUGAAAUUUCUUCAAGAGAAAAUGAACCUUUUGGUUAAAGAGCCAUUAUGCGAUUGAAGCUAUGCAUAAGGACUAAGGAGCUUUCUGGUACAAGCUGCGACCAUGAUAUUGUUAGAUUCAGGCAUUAGGACAUAUUCAGCUUGACAGCAGUGCUCUGUUUGGUUAAGAUGUUGGGCUGUCACUGCAGGUGAGCAUUAUUUUCUUCUUCUGUGUAUAAACCAUAGGUUGCAGAUCUCAUCCUACCAUGUUUGCUCUGGUGUCAGUCAUAUAAAUCUUUAAUUUCUUAUGCUUUUCUUUCCAAGUUUUGUGUAUUCUUUCGUAAUCGUAUAAUUUCCAUUAAUGAAAAUUUUUUGUGCUAGCAGUGAAUGCUUUUCCAUUGUUUAGGCAACAUAAUAGACAUGAUGAAAAGAUGAGAAAACAAAGGUAGAAGUUGUAGUGAUAGCAAAAUAUGCACUUCAUCUGUGUAUGACUUAAGACAUGAUGAUGACAGUUGAUGUAUCUGUGGAGUCUGGGCUUCGGAGGAUGUGACUAUUAGUUGCAUUCCUCUUUUUGGUUUUUGUGGUAAUUUGGGAACAAAGAACAGAGUGAAACUUGUUUUUAAAACCAUUUCUAGGAAAAGCCAUGGUUAAUGAGAUGUUGAAGGAAAGCAAGGUACGGAACCCUGGCAAUAUCUCUCUCUUUCUCAACGCCAUGCAUAUUUGAGACUAUUUUAUAAAGGAUAUGGGGGAGACAUGGGAAUCUCUGGCAUGUGAAUGUUUUGGCGAAGAGCAUCUAAUGCAGAGCAGGAUGAUGCUCUCGACGUCUGCCAUGCAUGAUACCUCCUCGACCCCUUACCAGAAGAAUUACAAUUGGUGUCAUGUAAUCCACAUUUUGACCAUCUAAUGUUUCAUCUGGAGUUUCUU